AUGCUUAACAUUAACGUAGGAGUUUUAGGCCAUGUUGAUUCAGGAAAAACAAGCCUAGCAAAAGUUUUAAGUACUGUAGCCAGUACAAGCGCAUUUGAUAAAAAUCCUCAAAGUAAAAAACGUGGGAUUACUCUGGACCUCGGGUUUUCCUCUUUUGUUGUUGAUUCAUCAAGCUAUCCAUUCUUACCUUCUAUUCGCGAAAACUUUUCCAAAGUUCAAUUCACUUUGGUAGAUUGUCCUGGACACGGGUCGCUUAUAAGAACAGUUUUAUGUGGGUCUCAAAUAAUCGAUAUUAUCCUUCUCGUUGUGGAUGUCACUAAGGGUUUUCAAACUCAAACAGCUGAAUGUUUAGUGAUUGGUGAAAUUGCUUGUGAAAAAAUGUUAGUGGUUCUCAACAAAUGCGAUCUGUUGGAAGAAAAUCAGAGACUUGAGUCUAUUCAGAAGAUGAGAAAACGAAUUUUGAAAACCCUAGAAGGCACGAUUUUCAAAGGGUCAGGAAUUGCUGAAGUUUCAGCUGCUCCUGGUGGCGUUCAGGUAGAAUUUACCCCUGAACUCACAAAACGUCCUCAAGAAGUGGAAAAUUUAAUCACUGUACUAGCACAAUCAAUUUCUGAUCCUACUGAAAAGCGGAAUAAAUUAAAAGAUAUGAGUUUUGUCUUCGCUGUGGACCAUUGUUUCACGGUUACUGGACAAGGUACUAUUCUUACUGGGACUGUACUAACUGGAACCGCUAGUGUUGGCCAGCUAGCAGAAGAAUCCAGGACGCGCAUUGGAAAGUUUACAUCAUUAGAUCCCAGCCUGUGGAUGAAUGGUAGUGUUAUCUGCAAGACCUCAAGCUUCUAUCCCAAACGUGACCACUAUUGGUUUACCUUACAACGAAUUCAAAAGAAGAUUAAAUCUAUUCAACGAUUUCGUCAACCAAUUCAAUCAAUUGGACCAGGUGAUCGUGCUGGUAUAUGCGUUCCACAACUGGAUCCCAACUUACUGGAACGUGGUCUAGUCGGUGACUUGUCGUCAGAUGACAAUUUAACUCUUUGUCAUGCCUGUAUACUAGCAAAUGUGGAGAAAGUUCGUCAUUUUAAAAAUCCAGUUAAAAGCAAAUCUCGUCUGCAUAUUUUUGUCGGUCAAGAAACAGUUAUAGCGAAUUUAACAUUCUUUAGCAAAAUGAAAUCUGAAAAACCGUCUUGUGAAGAAGAUCGUUUGAAUAGUCCUAAGGGAUCGUACAAUUUCGAUAAGACAGCAACAUAUCAAUAUGUUGAUGAAUUGUGCAAUGAAACAAGAGGUAUGUACUUAUUACUGGAAUUCGAGCAUCCAGUUGUUUGUCCAAUAAAUGGUUUAGUUAUUGGUGCCAAAUUAGAUACAUGCUCAGUGACGACUUGUCGUAUAGCAUUACACGGUCGUGUAACAUUGCAACUAAGUGAUCCAAAGUACAAGUCAAAUAUUCUAAGCAAAUUACUUAUAUGCAAAUCUAAAUCUCGUUGCGGUCAAAUAGAACGCGUUGUCAAUCCUCGUGCAUGUAUUGUACAUGGUUUAUUUAAACGUGAAACAAAUUGGGAGAUAUUUGUUGGUUUACGUGCACACGUGAUUGCCAAGUCGACUGAGGAUAAUUCUACUGAGAACUAUCGUGUAGGCGGUUAUAUUGAAUCCAGUUUUGGUCAAAGUGGAAAAUGUCGUCUGGCUCUUGAUGACGACCUCCCUGAUAAAAUAUUGGCGUUGUAUUCUGCAAAAGCUGGUAGGAAGACAACUUCAGAAACGGAAAUAAAAGUUGUUCUUGAAUUUAAAAAGAAUAUAUUUGAUCCACAACGUCGUAUUAUUCAGUAA